AUGGGACCAUCUGACGACGAAUUAAUUGCACAAAUGCGCUUGUUUAUGCACCAGAGCAUGAAAAAUUACGAUCCUUCGCAUGACGCGGCACACGUUGAGCGAGUUGUAACUCUUUCUCAAAAACUACUUCGACGUGAAAUGCUCGGGCCAAGAGCCACCAAAGGAUUGGCCUACAACAGCACAGUGGUAAUUCUGGCGGCACUUAUGCACGAUAUCGAAGACCAUAAAUAUCAAUCUUCACUCUCAAACGACAAUAAACCCCCUAGGGUCGUCUAUAACGCAUUACUGGACGCCGGGGCAGCGUCGGAGCUAGCACAAACAGUUGAGACAAUCGUCAGCCAUGUGUCGUACAGUAAGGAGAAGAAAGAUCCAGCUGUAGUCACCCGGCUUAUCGACAAUGGGUUUCCCGAGCUCGCGCUAGUUCAGGACGCUGAUCGACUGGACGCGAUCGGUGCCAUUGGCAUAGGUCGAUGUUUCACAUUUCUCGGUGCCAAAGGAAAGGAUUCGGGGGCUCCAUGGAAGAUGGAGAGUGCCAUGGAACACUUGAGAGGGAAGCUGAUGCAGCUCCAGGGAACCAUGAAGACUGAGGCCGGGAGGAGUCUCGCAGCUGCUAGAACUCAGCGACUCCGUGAGUUUGAAAGCUGGUGGCGCCAAGAGAGUAUGAAUGAUAUCGAUAUGUGA